AUGGCGCAUGAUUUCUUUCAAGAGCAAUCUGUAAAGGGAGCAGACGUAUAUCUUAUUUGUAAUGUGUUACAUGACUGGUCUGAUAAAUACGCGGCUAGGAUUUUGAAAAAUUUGAUUCCGGCGUUGAAGAGAGGAGCGAGGGUAUUGGUUUGUGAUAGGGUGCUUCCGGCUCCGUGUACAUUGACGCCAUAUCAGAUGAGGAGACAGAGAGCAGAUGAUUCAUAUAUGAAGGGGAUCCAGAAUGCUAGAGUUCGCGAUCCGAAUGAUUAGGAACAACUUUUUGUGUCGGUGGAUGAGAGGUUUAAGUCGUUUCAAAUGGGAACGGUUGAUGGGUCGGAGUUGUCUACGAUUUGUGUUACUUGGGAGGAUGAGGAUAU